ACGAUUGGCCGCUUGACUGGAGGGUCUGUAGCAGCUAACAGUAGCUUGAUUUCAUUGCAAAGCCAACCAACAGUGCGUAGUGCGCAUCGUAUCGUGUGGGAACAAAGUGACAAACGAAUUCAUCUUCUCCGUCAUCAUGCAUCUUGGAAGACUAAUGGGGCUCAUCUGGAUACCGGCAGUAACUCUCGUAAGUUCGCUGGCCAGAGGCGAAGAAGCAAAAACGUUUCCUGGUGCCUCACUCGUUCUACCGGCCGUUCUACCGAUCCUGGGCACGAUCAUCCCGGCCCUGCUUCCCGGUGCUCCCUCACCUGGGCUGCCCGGUGUUUCCGUUUCCCACGCAACGUCCAUCGCUACUUCGGUGCAUAUGAAACCCAUUGCUAUCAGCCAUAGUGGAUCGGUUUCGACGAUUGGCAACACGAAUGCCGGUGCUACCGCAUCCAUCGGUGGGGCGUCGCUGACCGCACAAAGUAGUUCCGGGACGGCCAGUAAAGCAACGGCACAUCGAGCAGGACCCUCAGCACCGCUGAUCAGCAAACGAUGGCGAAAGUUCUUCCAAAAGCUUGGCUAACACACACUCCGAUCGAUCGAUCGGUGCGUUGCUUACGGUGGAAUAAACAACGAA